UCAGUCCAGUAUUCACUCAUUUAAUUAUAAUGAUUUUAUCAAUUAAAUAAUUCACUGGUCAUCCACUAAAUUGAUUUUUAAUUCCUGGAGCAGAUAUGUCUUCUAGUACAGUUUAUACUUUUUACAUAAGAUAUUAAAAACAUUGUUAAAAAAUUAAGCAGAAUGUCUCCCAUAGUGGAUAAAAUUUCAAACAGCAGCACACCUGUAGAACUCGGGGCUAUUGUGGGGUUCCUUGGUGUCUUUGUUAUUUGUUAGUCCUGUGCUCUGGAAUGAUAUCCACUAUCAAAGACGCUAUUUAAAUUGAAUAGACGUAUAAGAGACGUAUCGUUCUUUUUCAGAAGUGCAAUGGCGCAGACUGUGGCUGCUACCUGGUGCCACAUUGUAAUCCCCUUCAGGUCGUCUGUGUUAAGUGACGAAUGCUCAUUAAAGUUUAAUGUGGCACCUGCCAGGAGUGAUCAAGUUUAGCUUCUCCCCUAAUGAUAAACUGUGUGCAGUCCAAGAUACUGCUGAGGCAGCAGUACCCACUUAACAGGAAAGAAGACGGACCACGGAAGAAAAAAAUAGGCCAUUUCCACAGCAGUGUGAUCAAUAAAACUGCAGACGUGUAACCUGAUAUGAGACCAUGCAACAACAGGAUACAUCCAAGGAGCUUUAAAGGUUACUGCGUUCAUGGAAAGGAUGAAAGCGGAAAGGACAGUGCUGAUGGUGAGCAGAAAGACCUGAAACAUGAGCCGAGCCCACCGUCAGGGCUUCCACAGAGUAAAAUCCUAUCCUGCUCAGCCGCAGGGCUUGACAUUGACUCCCUCAGUGGCGGGAGGCCUGGUAUUCCAGUGGGAUUUCACCUGAGUGACCAGGCCCCUAGCAGCACGGCUCAGCUAGGCCACAUCUCAUCAGAAACCCACUGGAGGAGAUUCUUAGUUGAGGCUCACUGGCUCAAUGGCCGUCCAGAGGAAUGGAAAGAGCCGUCUCCGUCGGCAUUGCCAGCAAGGUCUUUGGGUGUAGAUGCCGCUUCUGAAGAUAAGACCAGGGUCCCUGUGGAAGAUAAAGUUUUACUUCAGGAAGGUUGCCACUCUUGUCAGACCGCACAGAAAAAACAGCAGCUGUCUAAGGUUUCUGAAGAAACAAACUCACCUUGUCCAAGAUGUCCAAAGUGCAAAUCGGUCACAGUGAAAAUAUUCAAGAAGAGAACUCUGGAGAACCCAACUGAGCUGAAGACAGUUUUGUCACCUCCUUCAUCCAAGCCACCUGCAAGGAUCCGAUUUCCAUCCUUAAAAUUCAAAGUGUUGUUUGGCCCACUCAUCCUGAGCAAACUGCUCCAGCUGGGUCAGGUCUGA